GGGAAUGGGAGGGGAGGCAGCACUGGAGGACUUCUUAAAAAGAGGAGAUCAAAGAUCCAGCAGCUGCAUUGAAAUAAAGUAUCUGACAGAGGAGGAAGGCUAUGCACUGGUGCAGGUGGAGGCUGCUUGGAGAGGAAGGGAGGAUGAGGGGAGAGGUGAACUCAGCCAGUCCAGAAGCAAGAAAAGGCCCUGAUGCCACAGAGGAUGGGAGCAGAAGGGAAGUUUGGGAAGGAACCUUGCAGAGGAGCCUGGGAGAGGAUUUCCUCCCUUCAGAUGUGCAGCACCAGCAAUUCCGGCACUUCCGUUACCAGGAGGUUGAAGGGCCCCGAAAGGUUUGCAGCCAACUCCACCGCCUUUGCCUCCAGUGGCUGAAGCCAGAAAGGCACAGCAAGAAGGAGAUCCUGGACCUGGUGAUCCUGGAGCAGUUCCUGACCAUCCUGCCCCCGAAGAUAGAGAGCUGGGUCAGGGAAUGUGAGCCAGAGACCAGUUCCCAGGCAGUGGCCCUGGCAGAAGGGUUCCUCCUGAGCCAUGCAGAGGACAAGAAUCCAGACCAGGAGGUUCAGGAAAGCAUCAACUGUUGCCUCGGAGCAGCUUUUCUAGGGGAGGCCUUGAAACCAACAAUAAAAUAUUUGCCAAAUCUUUGCAGUAGAGAGAAUGCAUCUUCUCUGUGGCCAGAGCAGGGUCCAGUGACCUUCGAGGAGGUGUCUGUUCACUUCACUGAGGAGGAGUGGGCUCUACUUGAUGCAGAAAAAAGAAGCCUUCACAAGGAAGUCAUGGAGGAGAAUUUUCAGAAUGUGGCCUCUCUGGAGGCUGAUGGAACCCAGCAAAAGCCUCAGGGCGAACCACAGGAAGGGGAACUGCAGAGGAGAGGCACUGAGACAAAUUGGAAGAGGGGGGAUGAAUUAUCCCAUCGACGAAUCCACACCGGAGAGAAACCAUAUAAAUGUGUGAAGUGUGGAAUGUGCUUUGAUGAAAGCUCACACCUUACUUCCCAUCGACGAAUGCACAUAGCAGAGAAGUCCUAUAAAUAUGUAGAGCGUGGGAAGAGCUUUUGUCAGAAUGGAGACCUCACUGCCCAUGAACAAAUCUACACAGGGAAGAAAGCAUAUAUGUGCAUGGACUGUGGGAAGAGCUUUGCUUGGAAUUCACAACUUACUAUCCAUCAACGAAUCCACACAGGGGAGAAACCACACAACUGUGUGGAGUGUGGAAAAAGCUUUGCUCAGAGAUCCUACCUUAAUUACCAUCAACGAAUCCACACAGGGGUGAAACGGUAUAAAUGCAUGCAAUGUGGGAAGAGCUUUACUCAUAAUGCAGGACUUACUGCCCAUCAACAAAUUCACACAGGUGAGAAACCCUAUAAAUGCAUGGAGUGUGGAAAGAGCGUUGCUAGGUCUUCAGAUCUUACUGUCCAUCAACGAAUCCACACAGGGGAGAAACCAUAUAAAUGCAUGGAAUGUGGGAAGGGCUUUGCUCAAAGAGGACAACUUACUGUCCAUCAACAAAUCCACACAGGGGAGAAACCCUAUAAAUGCAUGGAGUGUGGAAAGAUGUUUGCCAGUACUUCAGAGCUUACUAUCCAUCAACGAAUCCACACAGGGGAGAAACCAUACAAAUGCAUGGAAUGUGGGAAGAGCUUUGUUCAGAGAGGAAAACUUACUGUCCAUCAACGAAUCCACACAGGGGAGAAACCCUAUAAAUGCAUGGAGUGUGGGAAGAUGUUUGCCAGGACUUCAGAGCUUACUGUCCAUCAACGAAUCCACACAGGGGAGAAACCAUAUCUGUGCAUGGAAUGUGGGAAGAGCUUUGCUCAGAGAGGAGCACUUACUGUCCAUCAACGAAUCCACACAGCAGAGAAACCAUAUAAAUGCAUGGAGUGUGGAAAGAGUUUUACAAACUGUGGCAACCUUACUUCCCAUCAACGAAUCCACACAGGGGAGAAACCGUAUCUGUGCAUGGAUUGCGGAAAGACCUUUCCCCACCGUUCACAGCUUACUGGUCAUCAACGAAUCCACACAACAGAAAAACCAUAUAAAUGUGUCGAGUGUGGGAAGAAUUUUGCUGACAACAGCAUACUUACUUCCCAUCAACGGAUCCACACCAGGGAGAAGCCAUAUAAAUGUGUGGAGUGCGGGAAGAGCUUUGCUCAUAGCUCCCAACUUACUAUCCAUCAACGAAUCCACACAGGGGAGAAGCCAUAUAAAUGUAUGGACUGUGGAAAGAGCUGUGCUCAGAGCUCUCACCUUACUGUCCAUCGACGAAUCCACACAGGAGAGAAACCAUAUAAAUGUAUGGAGUGUGGGAAGAGAUAUGCUCAGAAUGCAAUGCUUACUGUCCAUCGACGAAUCCACACAGGGGAGAAACCAUAUAAAUGCAUGCAAUGUGGGAAGAGCUUUGCUAUGAGUGGAGACCUUACUGUCCAUCGACGAAUCCAUACAGGGGAGAAACCAUAUAAAUGCAUGGAAUGUGGAAAGAGCUUUGCUCAGAAUACAAAGCUUACUGUCCAUCGACGAAUCCACACUGGGGAGAAACCAUAUAAAUGCAUAGAAUCAUAUAUGUGCAUGGACUGUGGGAAGAGCUUUGCUUGGAAUUCACAACUUACUGUCCAUCAACGAAUCCACACAGGGGAGAAACCACACAACUGUGUGGAGUGUGGAAAAAGCUUUGCUCAGAGAUCCUACCUUAAUUACCAUCAACGAAUCCACACAGGGGAGAAACGGUAUAAAUGCAUACAAUGUGGGAAGAGCUUUACUCACAAUGCAGGACUUACUGCCCAUCAACAAAUUCACACAGGUGAGAAACCCUAUAAAUGCAUGGAGUGUGGGAAGAUGUUUGCCAGGACUUCAGAGCUUACUGUCCAUCAACGAAUCCACACAGGGGAGAAACCAUAUAAAUGUAUGGAAUGUGGGAAGAGCUUUGCUCAGAGAGGAAAACUUACUGUCCAUCAACGAAUCCACACAGGGGAGAAACCAUAUCUGUGCAUGGAAUGUGGGAAGAGCUUUGCUCAGAGAGGACAACUUGCUGUCCAUCAACGAAUCCACACAGCAGAGAAACCAUAUAAAUGCAUGGAGUGUGGAAAGAGUUUUACAAACAGUGGCACCCUUACUUCCCAUCAACGAAUCCACAAAGGGGAGAAACCAUAUCUGUGCAUGGAUUGCGGAAAGACCUUUCACCAGCAUUCACAGCUUACUGGUCAUCAACGAAUCCACACAAAAGAAAAACCAUAUAAAUGUGUCGAGUGUGGGAAGAAUUUUGCUGACAACAGCACACUUACUUCCCAUCUACGGAUCCACACCAGGGAGAAGCCAUAUAAAUGUGUGGAGUGUGGGAAGAGCUUUGCUCAUAGCUCCCAACUUACUAUCCAUCAACGAAUCCACACAGGGGAGAAGCCAUAUAAAUGUAUGGAGUGUGGAAAGAGCUGUGCUCAGAGCUCUCACCUUACUGUCCAUCGACGAAUCCACACAGGAGAGAAACCAUAUAAAUGUGUGGAGUGUGGGAAGAGCUUUGCUGACAAGAAUGUUCUUACUGUCCAUCAGCGAAUCCACACAGGGGACAAACCAUAUAAAUGCAUAGAGUGUGGGAAGAGCUUUGUUCGGAAUGCAUUCCUUACUGCCCAUCGACGAAUUCACACAGGGGAGAAACCUUAUAAAUGCAUGGAGUGUGGGAAGAGCUUUGCUCAGAAGGCACAUCUUACUGCCCAUCAACGAAUCCACACAGGGGAGAAACCCUAUAAAUGCAUAGAGUGUGGGAAGAGCUUUGCUCAGAAUGCAAAGCUUACUGUCCAUCGACGAAUCCACACCGGGGAGAAACCAUAUAAACGCAUGGAAUAUGGGAAGAGCUUUGCUCAGAGAGGACAUCUUACUGUCCAUCAACAAAUCCACACAGGGGGGAAACCCUAUAAAUGCUUGGAGUGUGGGAAGAGCUUUGCUCAGAAUGCAUAUCUUACUACCCAUCAACGAAUCCACACAGGGGAGAAACCAUAUAAAUGUGUGGAGUGUGGGACGAACUUUUCUCCGAAUGUAAAUCUCACUGCCCAUAGAGAAUUCCAAGCAAGGAAGUAACCUUAUACAUGUGUGUAGUGUGAAAAGAGCUUUGCUCAGAGCUGCCGCCUUACUUCCCAUCAAUGAAUCUCCAUGUUUAAAAAAUCAUCUUGUCACAUAUCAAAGAAUUCAGAGAGGCGAGAAAACCUAGAAGGGCUUCUGCCAAGGUUUAUGAGGGGGUUAAAGUCAGGCAACUUUCAAGGACGGUCAGGGGGGAAGGAGCACUUUUAUAUUGGUUUUAAUUUGGAAUUGUUUUGUAAACUGACUUAAACCAUGUGCAAGCAUGGGUGUAAAAUACUUCACUGCCAAAAUUAUUAAAUAAGAAAUGCUGCCACUGUGUCAACAGCUUCAGCCAUAAGCCCUGUCGCCAGGCGUCAUGGAGUCCACGCAGGGGAGCAACCAUGCAUCACACUAAAAAGACAUCAAUAGGACAAAUCUUAGCAUCUGAAGUUUUUAUGCUAAAACUGGCCUAUAUUUUACACCUUCUAUAAUUGUUUGUUCAAUUCCCACCUAAAGUAUUUGAAAGACAGUUUAUUAUAAAAUGGGAGUGUUUUGAUGUAUGCUGUUAACACAUGUUAUGGAGGGGUGUCGCAGAUGUUAGGGUUAAUACAGGCCAGGCUAUGGGACAGAGACCCUUCUGGUAGCUUUAGUAGUCCUGUGCAUGAAUAUAGACAAAUACCAUGCUUCUUUGUUGCAGCAGAGUAUGUUAUCUUGUUGAGGCAGAUGUCAGUAUCAAGGGAUGUACCUUGAACUGCUUUAACAUAACAGUCGUGGAAAAUCGAAGAGUCUGGAUAAUUGACGUUGCAAUUCCUGAGGAUGCCAGAGGUGAAGAAAAAGAACAAGCAAAAAUGAUUAAAUAUAGAGAUCUGACAAAAGAAACCACCCGACUAUGGAAGAAGAAUGCAAUUGUAGUCUCCGUUGUCAUCGGGGCACUUAGAACCAUCUCGAAAAACUUUGCAAAUCAUAUGGAAAAACUAUAGCUUUCUGACAUAACACCUACAGAACUGCAAAAAGACGGCACUACAUGGAACAGCGUACAUAUUACACUGACAUCUGGUUGAUCCUUAAGUCUCCGGUGGAAACUUGUAUCAGCUUAACAAGGCCAAUCAGUAACCUCUGCUUAUUGUUGAUUGUGUUUCGGAUAAUUCAAAAAACAACAACAACAGUAACAGUAUCACCAUUUGUUUUAAAUCCUGCCCUUCAGGACAACUUAAUACCACACUCAGAGCAGUUUACAAACUGUGUUAUUAUUAUCCUCACAACAAUGACCCUGUGAGGUGGGUGGAGCUGAGAAAGCUCCAAGAGAGCUGUGACUGACCCUAGGUCACCCAGCUGGCUUCAAGUGGAGUAGUGGGGAAUCAAACACUGUUCCCCAGAUUAGAGUCCUGCCACUCUUAACCAUUACACCAAACUGGCUCUCCCAGCUGCAUAUCUUGCUAUACAAAUCACUGUGGGAUGCAGUAGGGAUCUUGGGUCACUGCCUGAAGCUGUGGUUAAAUGUUUGAAAGCAAACAAAUUGAAAGUGAACCCAGACAAGACAGAAGUGAUGCUCAUAGGAAAGCUAGAGACCUUGAAAGUCAUUCAGCAAAAAACAGUAGAGACCCCCUCACCUCUGCAGGAGUAUACCGUAUACCCUGCAGCUGUGGACAAGUUUACAUCGGGACCACAAAGCGUAGCAUCCAGACAAGAAUAAAAGAACAUGAAAGACACUGCAGACUUGGACAACCUGAAAAAUCAGCAGUGGCUGAACAAAGCCUAACUCAAACAGGGCACAGUAUCUUAUUCCAGGACACCAAAAUACUGGACAACACUUCCAACUACUUUGUCAGACUGCACAGGGAAGCCAUUGAAAUUCACAAGCAUAAGCACAACAGGAAAGAAGAAACCUUAAGAAUGAACAGAGCAUGGUUUCCAGUUCUGAAAAACACCAGGCUAACAAAACAUUCUAUCCCUGACAAUAGCCCUGCAGAGAAGAUUAGCACAUCAAGUACCAAUCCAUAUGCAAAAGAACAUCCUCAGGAUACAGUGAAGCCUCCCACCAUUAGCAUUCCACACCCUGGGAAACUCUUAUAGGAUGACUCAGCUCAACCCCACCCCUCCUGAGUAGAUACAAAUGACCUACAUCUUUUCCACACUGUGACACUGAGAGAUCUCUGUCUUUUGGUGCUACACCUCUGAAGAUGCCAGCCACAGCUGCUGGCGAAACGUCAGGAACUACAAUGCCAAGACCACGGCAAUACAGCCCGGAAA